GGGCACCGCCGGGGCACCGCCGGGGCACGGGGCUCCCCAGGGCACCCCACAGGAGCCCCCACCCUGCCCCCAACCGCUCGGACACCCAAGAUGCUCGCUUCUGGCCCUGGACCUUCCAGCCCCCACGGCCUUCGAGGCCUUCGCCUCCGCCGCCUCACCUUCCUCCUCCUCUCCCCCUGACCGCCCGACCGACCCGGUCACCGGGGACACCAUGGCCGGCAUCCUCUGGCCUUCGGGACUCAACGGCACGGCCGUCCCCGGCUGGGGCAACGCCACGGCGGCGGCGGCGGCGGCCAAGUGCUCCCUGACCAAGACCGGCUUCCAGUUCUACUACCUGCCCGCCGUCUACAUCCUGGUCUUCCUGGCCGGCUUCCUGGGCAACAGCGUGGCCAUCUGGAUGUUCGUCUUCCACAUGAAGCCGUGGAGCGGCAUCUCCGUGUACAUGUUCAACCUGGCCCUGGCCGACUUCUUGUACGUGCUCACCCUGCCGGCCCUCAUCUUCUACUACUUCAACAAGACGGACUGGAUCUUCGGCGACCCCAUGUGUAAGCUGCAGCGCUUCAUCUUCCACGUGAACCUGUACGGCAGCAUCCUGUUCCUCACCUGCAUCAGCGUGCACCGCUACACCGGCGUGGUCCACCCGCUCAAGUCCCUAGGCCGGAUGCAGAAGAAGCACGCCGUCUACAUCAGCGCCCUGGUCUGGGGCGUCGUGGUGGCCGGCAUCUCGCCCAUCCUCUUCUACUCGGGCACGGGCGUCCGCAAGAACAAGACCGUCACCUGCUACGACACCACCUCCGACGACUACCUGAGGAGCUACUUCAUCUACAGCAUGUGCACCACCGUGGCCAUGUUCUGCAUCCCCUUCGUGCUGAUCCUGGGCUGCUACGGGCUGAUCGUCAAGGCCCUGGUGUACAAGGACCUGGACAACUCCCCCCUGCGCCGGAAGUCCAUCUACCUGGUCAUCAUCGUGCUGACCGUCUUUGCCGUGUCCUAUCUCCCCUUCCACGUGAUGAAAACCUUGAACCUGAGGGCCAGGCUGGAUUUCCAGACCCCGGACAUGUGCGCCUUCAACGACAGGGUUUACGCCACCUACCAGGUGACGCGGGGCCUGGCCAGCCUCAACAGCUGCGUGGACCCCAUCCUCUACUUCCUGGCUGGAGAUACCUUCCGGAGACGGCUGUCCAGGGCCACCAGGAAAGCUUCGAGAAGAAGUCCCAGGAUGUCCAGCCCUGCUGCAGCUGGCUGUGUCCUCCUCCAGCACAAUCCCGCUCCGAGUAUGCGCUGCUCUGGGCCAUCCCAGCCAUCUCCUGUUGGAGGACCGUCAUUCUAGUCAGGAGCUAGAGAGGGAGUAGGGAUCAAUCUCAGUCUCCGCUUUGCUGCUGGGCAACUUUCUCUAGAGAUAAGAGAAAGACAGGAAGCAAGAAAUAGUGACGCCAGGCCAAAGAGUAACAAGGGUGACUCCUGAUGCCCUCUCGGGCUACCCGUGCCCUGGGAGAGACUUUGCUAAAUAGGCCAGCCCAGCGUGGAGCCCGUGAAGGGAUUUGGUUGGAGCAGCUGUCUGCUGGCUGCAGCAGGGCUGGUCUUCAGGAUCUGGAAAGAGGAUCUGGGGCAUCUGAAGCGACUCGAGUAAGUCUAGAUCUCGAGGAUCUGAAAUUCUGUGUGGCGAGGAGGAGGCUUCAUCUGUGAUCUCUUGGCCGGGUAGCAUGUUUGAAAAAGUUUUCCCAUUCAGGCGAUCGGCAGGAUUCGGAGUAGAUAAAAAUCAGACUGUUCCAAAUGGUGUUUUUUUAAAAAAAUGUUUUAAAAAUAUAUUUAAAGACUAUCUAAAGCUCAAAUAAAUCCUGAUACGGUAACUUCUUAUUCUAUGCUGUAAUAUUUGAGACCAAAUAAAUAUUCAUGUUUAUCUUUUUAGAAAAGUUUUAGAAAGACGUGACAAAAGGUCAUGGAUCAGACUAGAGGCAGGGGCCUUCCGGGAGGUUUCCCACUAGAUUAGCAAAGGUUAAAUAAAACUUCUCUAUCUCAUGGGGCUCGGGGAUAAAUAUUAGAAGACCAUUAACUGUUUCCGUGAAUUUGUGUCUCUAGGGAAAAUAUCCUUGAUAGCAGGAGUUUGUGGAAAUGAGGGUAUAUACAGCUCACUAUCCUAAUCAGCCCUAAUGUCGUCGCAAUUUUGAGUUCACAAAGUUAAACCCUCACCACUCUCCAAAAGUGCAAAGUCGUGAGAAGAUAAAUGUUGGCUAGAAUUGAAUAGAUUUAGAGAAGGGCAAGGAUUCUUGAGAUAUGUCAAGAAAAGAGAUGCAACAUAUUCCAGGAGUCUUGAGAAAUGGGUUUCUCAGUCUAGGCUCACUAUUGACUUGAAAUCUAUUGAGCAAAUAAUAACGACAAUGUGGUAGCAGGAUUGCUGAGUUGUGACAGUACCUCUCUGGGAAUAUUUUUCAUAGGCAGUUAAGGAAAAAUCUCAGGCUACUGGACUAGGUAGAAAUUGGGCAAUAAAGCGAUAUUUUCAACACUGGCAAAGAAAAAAAAAACCUCUUUCAAUGGGUCCUGAGUUCAUACACUAGUCAGCUUUAAUGGCUUACAAUUUAAUUAAAACGAGACCUUUUGUUUUGGGGAUGCCUUUCCUUUCGUUAAAUGGAAAGAAUAAGUAUCAAAGAGUGAUGAGAAUUCCUGACAAAUGAUAAUUUAGAUUUCUUUUAAAUAAAAACCACCCCAGGUAAUAGUAAUGGGGUGUAUUGAAUGGCCACCCAAUACAAGCACUGUACUAAGCACUUGGAAAAGUACAACAGAAAAGAAAAACACAUUCCCUGGGCUGGUGCAUUAAGGUUUGUCACACACCUUGCCUUGGCCGACUGAAGAACUCCUAAGAGAAAAAGCAGCCCAGAAUCAGGGCCACAAUGGGAGGCCGAGGUUUUGUGUUCUUCAGGGUUCUGCUACAUAAUUCCCUUGAUUGGACAAGCCAUUUGCAAACCGAUUUGAGCAUCACCAACCUAUAUGACGGCAUUCUUAGGGGGCCCGGCUGAGCUGAUUAACGAUUGCCAGCUGCUUUUGAAAAUAUGAAAUGGUAGAAAAACAUGCAGUGGGCAAUUCUAUUACGUUCCAAGAUUGUUUCCCUCAUCUGCUAAGGAUCCGAUAAGGAUAUCAGUUGUGAUGAAGAUAUGUGCUCGGAAGCUGAAACUAAAAUUGCCACUGGAUGCAAAAGCUGUCUAGAAUUGAACUGACAGCAUUGAAAAGGAAAGGUUAACAAAUCCCAGCCGGUCAGGCUUUCUCGAAGCUUUACCAUUUACUGGUCAAUUUAAAAAGUCCAACGUGAUUAUUUAUUGAUGAUGCGAGUGUGGUGCAUUAGCUGUACAAGCAUGAUUGAAAAACAUCCCUCAGAAGAUAAUUUUUGACCUAGUACCCAGAGGUAAAUUAUAUUUAUGCAAAUAUGCAUUCCAACAAGACAUAUUUGUAUAUUAUGUGGGAUGUAGAGGGAAAAUAAGAAACAGUUAAUCAGUAUCUUUGCUUUUCAAAUACCACUAUUCUGACAUUUUGAUUAUUUGAACGCUCUCAGAAGAGAGUUUAAAGUCAUCUAUAAAAAUGUAUUUUGUGAUGAUAUGUUGUCUCUGGGAUGUGUUUGCAUGCUUUCUUUUUAAGAAAUAAAACAAAAUUAAUGGGAGCUCCUUGUUUAUAUCUGAAGGCAGAAUUCGACCCCAAGGAUUGUACAGUAAAUAUAUACAACAUUAAGACUGGAACUUUAUGGUCCUAAUUUUGCAUGAGAUUCUCCAGCUGUGCCCAGUAUGACAGGUGAGUCUACAUUCAGUUGCAAAAGGGUCAAAAAUCUGGGACAAGAUUUAGUCCCUGCCACCAUUUGAGAAUGCCAAGCAACCAUCUGAUUUUCCAAACAUGUAGUGUGCCCUGGUUUAGCCUUUGGUAGUCAGAACAGACUUAGUGCUACAAAAUAUAAAGGAGCGAUUUGGAGGGCUGGAAAAGAGGUUUCUGGGACUGUCCAUUGCAGAGAUCACCCACUGCUGCCCAAUCCUUUCAUUCUAGAAGCAACUUCUUGGCUUUCAAGGGUUGAUUCUCCCUGAAGAAAUGGAAUUUCUAUUUCUACAACAGCAGCUCUUUAUGUACAAGAAGAAGUGUAAUCUUUGCUCUGUCACUUCUACCUGUUCAUGUUCAAUCUCCAUUUUAACUUCUACUGAUUUUUUUUGGGGGGGGAGGGGGAGGGAGGCUCCUCAGCUGAGUCACAAUCUGUUCCAUUAUGAAGCAGAAAAAAAGGUAUUAUGUACAUCAUUUCAAACUAAUAUGAAGGGAUAAAAUGUACAAGAUAUAUGUUCAGUGUUUUGUGAGUAUGGAUUACAGUGAAUGUCAGUGCUUUUGUGAAAAUGUUUAUUUUUCUAUUACCUGUGAUUUAAUAUAGUUGAUUAAAUUAGAUUUAUUUGUAAUUAAUAGUUCUAUUCAAUUUUGCUUAUGGAAACAGUGUUACUUGACAUUUUGAGCCUUCUCAGGUUUUGUAGUUCAUCUAAAUCAGUUGUAGCUUUAAAAAAGAACACUCUUUGUACACAACGUUCAUGAAUAAAAGGGUUGUCCACUUUCCAUACGGCA